AUAGUUACAUGUGUAUCGGUUCUAUCUUAACUUGCAAAACAAUGUGAAACGUUUUCUAAAGCAAAGCUGUAUUUUAAAAAAAGGACACUAUAGUCGAUUGCGUAUUUCACCGUAAUCGUUUAUCGAAAGCGCUUCAGUUAUCUGAGUUUAUCCCUCGAGUCGAACUCGCUGCAAAAAUGUCAAAGAUAUUUACGCCGACGAAUCAAAUAAGGUUAACGAAUGUAGCCGUUGUUCGCAUGAAGAAGGCUGGCAAGCGAUUCGAAAUUGCAUGCUACAAGAAUAAAGUAGUGUCUUGGAGAAACAAAUUAGAGAAGGAUAUUGACGAAGUACUGCAAACACAUACAAUAUUCACCAAUGUAUCAAAGGGUCAAGUGGCGAAGAAGGAAGAUCUCAUGAAAGCUUUCGAAACUGAAGAUCAGACUGAAAUCUGUAAACAAAUCCUUGCCAAAGGCGAACUUCAAGUUUCUGAUAAAGAGAGACACUUGGCAUUAGAAUCCAUGUUCAAAGACAUCGCUACGACAGUCGCCAGUAAGUGUAUAAAUCCGGAGACUAAACGUCCAUAUCCAGUUACCAUGAUUGAAAACGCCAUGAGAGACGAAAUACACUUUUCUGUCAAACCUAAUCGAAACGCCAAGCAACAGGCACUGGAUGUUAUCUCACAAUUGAAAGAGGUGAUGCCUUUGGAACGUGUUCAAAUGAGGCUCAAAAUUGUUAUUCCAGAAAAAGAAGCUAGGAAAUUGAAGGAUAAAGUUGUUAAAUUUGCAACUAAAAUGGAAACGGAAGAGUGGGAUAAUGGAUCGUUAACAAUAAUUUGCUUAAUUGAUCCAGGUCAAUAUAGAGGAAUAGAUGAAUUAAUACGAUCAGAAACAAAAGGCACUGCUUUAUUGGAAUUAGUUAAUUUAAAUGAAGUAGUCGAAGGAGAAGAACUCUUAACAUAA